GCCUCAGGAAAGCGGCUGUAACUUCGUUAGGACUUUUACUUAAAGUUUGGCACAGCCCACAGGCAGUUGAAAAGAUGAACGAAGACGACAAAAGUUCAUUAAAUAUUCUUAUUAAUUCUACUCUGGCCAACAUGUCUGCCAGUGCCAGAACUGAUUCUGAUCCUCUCGUUACCGUGGCAACGCUUGAGAGCAUAGAGCUAGUUCUUAAAAGUCUGAGAGGACGAGAGUUUCCAAUUGAAGGGAAAGUAUGGGCCAGCCUACUGGUCACCAUUGAUGAUAUACUUAAUAAUAAAGCGGAGUGUCAAGAAGAGGAUUGCUAUGAUGGAGGUGACAGUGGGUCUCUGUUCACUGGGGAUACCACUGAGAUUGAGGGACUCUUGUUUGAAUCUGCCGGCUCUUUAUUAGGACCUCUGGCAGCUGUUGUGGGCGGAGCUAAAAUACUAUCAUCAAUAAAGCCAAUGAUGACUUUGUUGAUUAAGAAAAUGAUGACAUGUAAAACAGUAGCCAAUCACUCGUUUGUAAUGGGUACAUUAGCUGAGAUUGUUGAGGGGUGUGGUCAGGCUAUAUCGCCCCUAGCAACCGACCUAUAUCCUUUAUUCAUGAGAGGAUUGUCUGAUAAAAGUGAUGAGGUCUCCAGCAACAGUGUCUAUGGAAUAGGAACUCUAGCAGGAGCGGCUGUUGCUCAAAUCUCGUGGUACAUGUAGUCUGUCUUCA